AUGGCCGCUAUCUCGUACUCAACGCGAGUGUGGUCUGAGAUACUCCUCAGCCCGGUUGGAGUGGUUGACAAGGCCGGCAACGAGACACGGAUGAUUAACGACUACUCAUAUCCUGAUGGGGCAUCGGUGAACGACUUUACGGAUCGCUCCAACUUCCCGCCAGUCUCCUACAACCCUCCCCGCGAUAUUGCGCGCCGGAUCCACGAUUUACGCACGGCCCAGCCUGAUGCUGACGUGUUAUUGAUGCUCGGAGACGUCUCCGGUGCCUUUCGUCACGUGCCUGUCCACGAGGAUGCCGUGCACAUGUUUGCUUUUGCCAUCGACGACUACGUAGUCAUCGAUUUGGCCUGUGGCUUUGGCUGGUGUGGGUCGCCAGCCUUUUACUCUCUAGCGGGGUCUGCCAUCAAUUAUAUUUAUGAGGGUUCGCACUCGUCGGACUCCUCGACCCACAAUGCGUCCCCCUUUCGUGGGAAUGUAUGGUGUGAUGAUCACACGUGUGUUGAGAUUGAUGAGGGUCGAAGAUGCCACGAUGCCAAUGUUGCGCUACGAGAAGCAAUGGCCACUGUCUUAGGGCCGACAGCAAUCAAUGACCGGAAGUUUACCCCGUGGCGCUCCAAGAAUGUUGCGCUUGGCUUAAUGUGGGACGCCGCCGACGUCACCGUAUCCAUCCCAGCGGAAAAACUACAGAGGGCUACCACCAAAGUCGACCAAGUUCUCAAUGCCGGACGUGCCUCCAAAUCCGACCUCCAGAAGCUUCUCGGUGUGUUUCGCCACGUGGCCUCGUGCUUUCCAUCCGCUAGGGCCUUUUACCAGAGGGUUCACACGGCAACCGUGGCAAUGCUGCCUUACGGAGCCCGCGCCCUUGACACCGAUACCAUCGAAGAUUUGCGGUGGUUAAGAGCGGUCAUGCUCAACCAAGACCGGUUUAAUGGGAUUCCAGUAUCACAGUUUGCUGCAACUACGCCCCCGUCCAUAAUCGUGGAGAUGGAUGCUUCCAACACAGGUCUGUGUGCUUUGGACACCAACCGGCGUGAGUAUAUCCGACUGCAAUACAGUGACGAAGAAUGCGCAGAGCUCCAGAGUGGGUCGUACCAGAAUUCGAUCAACGUACGCGAACUUCAGAGUGCUGUGCUCGCCGCACUCUUGUGGGGACCGCACUGGCAGAAUGCAUCUCCGACACAGCCCACCCACGUCCAGUUUCACAUCGACAAUAUGAGCGCUGUUUCGUGGGCGAGUCGUCGGUACAGCCGCCACCCUACGGCGCAGCUCUACAAUCGACUGAUCUCUAUGGUUGAGCUCAAGUAUGGCCUAUUCUUCACUGCCAUCCACAUUCCUAGCAAGCUUAACACAAUGGCGGAUGCGGGAUCACGGGCGUGGACUGAAUCUCAUCCAUUAUGGGCAACGUGGUCUGAUCUUUCUUGUGCGUGGACGCAGGUGAACGUCGUACCUCCCUUCGACAAUCUCUCAAGCGUGUGGGAGCGAUUCUGUGCAGCCACGCCCUGGCAAGAUCGUCAAACAUGA